ACGUGUUCUAACGCACGAAAGAAAAUUAUUCCCCAAGAAUUGACAAAAUUCCUACUGUUAUAACGAAGAAACACCUCUGAAUGCGUAAAUUCAAGGAAACUAAACUGAUAAGGAGGGGAACAAAAUAUAGAAUAUCUUCUUGGCAAAGCACGUGGUGAUUGUGCUACUGACUAGUUUUGACUAACUCAUUUUGACUGUGAACUGGAGGUAACAAUGGCUGGGAACUAUCCCGGGACGUGUGUUCCAACAUUAGAAGGUAAAAUCAAUGGUUCGGUCCCGAAAAAUGGGCGUUCAAAAUCUCCGGACCUUGAAUUAUCCUACCGGGGAAGACCAGAGGGGAGAGUUUUAGUCCUCUACACUGGAGGCACCAUCGGAAUGAUUAGAAAUGCUACCACGAAUGCAUUGGCACCAGUACCCAACCAAUUCGUUAAAACUGUGAAGAAAUAUCCCCACAUGUACGAUAGUGAAUUUGCCACCAAGAGAUUUGGAAGUUCCGGAUUAUUAGCAUUACCAAUGACAGCGACAGAGAGUCGGCGGAUUAUUUACGACAUAAGAGAGUACUCCCAGUUAUUGGACUCCAGCAAUAUGACAAUGAACGAUUGGAUCAAAAUUGCUAAGGAUAUCAAAGACUCAUACGAAUUUUUCGACGGCUUCGUCGUUCUCCACGGCACCGACACCCUGAGUUACACCGCUUCAGCGCUGUCAUUCAUGCUGGAAUCCCUGGGUAAGCCGGUCAUAAUAACCGGAUCCCAAUUACCAAUUUUUGACACACGGUCUGACGGCCUCCAGAAUUUCCUCGCCUCGUUGAUAAUCGCAGGCAAUUACAGCAUUCCGGAGGUCUGCGUCUUCUUCGGAAGCGCCCUUAUGCGAGGAAAUCGAACGAGUAAAGUCUCUGCAGCGUCAUUUGAAGCUUUCGAGUCUCCGAAUGUUCCAAAAUUAGCAACUGCAGGGAUUAAAAUUCAAGUCGACUACCAAUCGAUCUUUCGUCCCUGUGCUAUGGAAAAAUUCCACGUCCACACGACAUUGAAUCCUAACGUAGGACUUCUGCGGAUCUUCCCUAGUAUAACUGUGGAGUUGGUGAGGGCUUUCUUACAGCCCCCGAUUGAGGGAGUCGUCCUGCAGACUUUUGGAGCUGGAAAUAUCCCAAUCAAUCGAGAUGACAUUGUCCAAGAACUGAGAAAUGCUACGAGUCGAGGAGUGAUUGUCCUCAACAUCACGCAGUGCUGUAGGGAUGGAGUCACCCCUGCUUAUGAGCCUGGGACAUUGCUCGUUGAUGCUGGAGUUACUGUGGGUUAUGACAUGACUCCAGAAGCUGCCCUGACAAAAUUAUCGUACGUUUUAUCGAAGACAGAGUGGGAUAUUGAUAAAAAAAGAAAAAUGAUGGAAACCAAUUUGAGAGGGGAAUUAACUACUUGCGAACGAGUGACUUUCCAGGACCGACAACUGUUCCUAGACUGUCUACGACUCAGUACUGAGACUGAAUUGAAUAGAUUGGGUCCUAUAAUAUUCCCAGCGAUGCUCAUUGAAGCCGUCAUAGCGAAGGAUGCCGAGAAACUAGAGCUACUGCGGCGCAAUAGUGCGGAUAUAUCACAACCCAGUCCAGAUGGAAGAACAGCUCUUCACAUUGCUUGUAAUGUAGGGGACAUUGACAUUGUUCGUAAACUGCUGGAAAUGGGAGCUAAUGUUCACAUGAAAGAUUUAAUGAAUCGAACACCACUCACUGAAGCUAUAGAAAAUCAUUAUGAUGAGAUAAUAAAACUUCUAGUUCAAUGCGGUGCUCAUCUCCACGAAGACCCCCUGCGAAUAGGGGAGAAGUUGUGUUCAGCAGGGGCGAAUGGAGACGUAAAAACUUUACUCUCCCUUGAAUGUGCAGGAGCGAAUUUAAAUCAAGCAAAUGCAUCUGGACUCACAGCACUCCAGCAAGCAGUUAUCCAUGACAAGCCCAAAGCUCUAAAAUUUCUGCUCGACCACCACGUUGAUUCCAACGUCCUAAAUAAACGUGGUUUGACCCCACGUCAGAUUGCCGAACGACUCGACUGCCAGGAAGUCCUAAAAUUACUCCCCCCAUACACCACGAAUAGCCUCGAAACCUGAAUUCGUAAUGAUGAAAUAACUCAUGUUUUUUACUAUUCUCUAAACAAUUGUUUUCAGUGGAUAUUGUGCUUCUUGAAGUGCCAAGAGAAAGCAAAAAUAUGUCUAUUUUUUUUACGCUGCGCGCACCCGAACAAUCGAAAGUUCUGACUGUCAUGAUGAUUAGGCGACGUCGACAAUGUUAGGUAAAUAAAUGUUGAAAAGGAAAUAUUUAUGUAACAAGUUUAAUUUUAAUGUUCAACAUUCGUAUUUAUAUUCACAAAAUGUUAAUAAACAGUCAACUUUUUUACAA